GGUGGAGCGCGGGGAGAGCCGGGCGAGGGGCAGCGACGAGGGGACUCCAUUAGCCGCUCCGGCCGGGAGGCAGAGCUUCCCCGGUCUGAGAAGAUCACGAAUACCGUCGUCCCGCGAACCGCUGUCCUCCCGCCUGUUGCGUGAGCCCCAGGCUGGGAGCGCGAGGAGCGCGCGGAAGGAGCCAUGGCUCUGGACGGGAUAAGGAUGCCAGAUGGCUGCUAUGCGGAUGGGACGUGGGAAUUGAGCGUCCAUGUGACAGACCUGAACCGCGAUGUCACCCUGAGAGUGACCGGGGAGGUUCACAUCGGAGGGGUGAUGCUCAAGUUGGUGGAAAAACUCGACGUAAAAAAAGAUUGGUCUGACCAUGCUCUCUGGUGGGAAAAGAAGAGAACUUGGCUUCUUAAAACACAUUGGACCUUGGAUAAGUAUGGUAUACAAGCCGAUGCUAAGCUUCAGUUUACCCCUCAACACAAAUUGCUCCGUCUACAACUGCCCAACAUGAAGUAUGUGAAGGUGAAAGUGAAUUUCUCUGAUAGAGUCUUCAAAGCUGUUUCUGACAUCUGUAAGACAUUUAAUAUCAGACACCCUGAAGAACUUUCUCUCUUGAAAAAACCCAGAGAUCCAACAAAGAAAAAAAAGAAGAAGCUAGAUGACCAGUCUGAGGAUGAGGCACUUGAAUUAGAGGGACCUCUUAUUACUCCUGGAUCAGGAAGCAUAUAUUCCAGCCCAGGACUCUAUAGCAAAACAAUGACCCCCACUUACGAUGCUCAUGAUGGAAGCCCUUUGUCACCAACUUCUGCUUGGUUUGGUGAUAGUGCUUUGUCAGAAGGCAAUCCCGGUAUACUUGCUGUCAGUCAACCAAUCACAUCGCCAGAAAUCUUGGCAAAAAUGUUCAAGCCUCAGGCUCUUCUUGAUAAAGCAAAAAUCAACCAGGGCUGGCUUGAUUCAUCAAGAUCUCUCAUGGAACAAGAUGUGAAGGAAAAUGAGGCCUUACUUCUCCGAUUCAAGUAUUACAGCUUUUUUGAUUUGAAUCCAAAGUAUGAUGCAAUUAGAAUCAACCAGCUUUAUGAGCAAGCCAAGUGGGCUAUUCUCCUGGAAGAAAUUGAAUGCACAGAAGAAGAGAUGAUGAUGUUUGCAGCUUUGCAGUAUCAUAUCAAUAAGCUGUCAAUCAUGACAUCAGAAAACCAUUUGAACAACAGUGACAAAGAAGUUGAUGAGGUUGAUGCUGCCCUUUCAGACCUGGAGAUUACUUUGGAAGGGGGUAAAACAUCGACAGUUUUGGGUGACAUCACUUCUAUUCCUGAACUUGCUGACUAUAUUAAAGUUUUCAAGCCAAAAAAGCUAACUUUAAAAGGUUACAAGCAGUACUGGUGCACCUUUAAAGACACAUCUAUUUCUUGUUAUAAGAGCAAAGAAGAAUCCAGUGGUACACCAGCUCAUCAAAUGAACCUAAGAGGAUGUGAAGUUACCCCAGAUGUAAACAUUUCAGGCCAAAAGUUUAACAUUAAACUCCUGAUUCCAGUUGCAGAGGGCAUGAAUGAAAUCUGGCUUCGUUGUGACAAUGAAAAGCAGUAUGCACACUGGAUGGCAGCUUGCAGAUUAGCCUCCAAAGGCAAGACCAUGGCAGACAGUUCCUACAACUUAGAAGUUCAGAACAUUCUUUCCUUUCUGAAGAUGCAGCAUUUAAACCCAGAUCCUCAGUUAAUACCAGAGCAGAUCACAACUGAUAUAAACCCUGAGUGUCUGGUGUCUCCUCGCUAUCUGAAGAAGUACAAGAACAAGCAGCCAGGCUAUAUAAGAGAUUUGAUAACAGCAAGAAUCUUGGAAGCCCAUCAAAAUGUAGCUCAGAUGAGUCUAAUUGAAGCCAAGAUGAGGUUUAUCCAGGCUUGGCAGUCUCUGCCAGAAUUUGGUAUCACACACUUCAUCGCAAGGUUCCAAGGGGGAAAAAAAGAAGAGCUUAUUGGAAUUGCAUACAACAGACUGAUUAGGAUGGAUGCCAGCACAGGAGAUGCAAUUAAAACAUGGCGCUUCAGCAACAUGAAACAGUGGAAUGUAAACUGGGAAAUAAAAAUGGUCACGGUAGAGUUUGCAGAUGAAGUACGAUUGUCCUUCAUUUGUACUGAAGUAGAUUGCAAAGUGGUUCAUGAAUUCAUUGGUGGCUACAUAUUUCUCUCAACACGUGCAAAAGACCAAAAUGAGAGUUUAGAUGAAGAAAUGUUCUACAAACUCACUAGUGGUUGGGUGUGAAUAGGAAAUACUGUGUAAUGAAACUCCAUGGCCAUAUUUAACUUUAAAAGCUAUUGUUAUAUGCUGCUUAAUAAAGUAAGCUUGAAAAUUACUAUUAUUUUAUCAUGAAAAUAUUUUGCCUUUCCAAACCAGUUAAUAUGUGCACUAACAAGCACAACUAUUAAUCUGCUAUCAUGAUACAAUAUAUGGACUAUUGAAUGUGGCACACAUUCCUUAGGGCCAUGAGUUGAAAGCUAAAGUAGUGGGCAAGUUGGAAACAAAACAUCACUGAUUUAAGCUAGCCAAACUGUAAGAAACUCAAGCCAUCUACUUUAAAGCUAUCCAGGGCUUAAACUAUAUGAAGUCUAUCAUGUUUUAUGCAUGUGUUUUAAUAUGUUUAAUUUGACCUCAUGUUUUAAAAUAUCUUACUUUUGCUAGCCAUUUGAUUCCCCCACACACACUUAAAUCAGGCCUGCAAAAGAUGCCUAUUAUUUAAUAAUGUCAUUGUUUGACCUUGAAGGAAAAUGCUUUUAGUCCGUUAUGCUUCGUUUGUUUUUAUUCUUCAGUAAGCAUGUAUAUUGUUUUGUGUUUUUAUCUUACACCAUAUUGUAUUACAACACUUUUAGUAUUCACCAGCAUAUUCACUGUCUGCCUAAAAUAUGCAACUUUUACAUACAAUAUGAAGUAAAGGUCUAUGAAGUAUGCAUUUUAUGUAACUAAUGUACAAACACAAAUUUUAUAAAAUUGUACAGUUUUUUUUUUAAAUUAAAACUAGCAAGUGGCUUGGGUAAUAGCAUCUUUGCAUUAAUUAAAUGCUUUUAAAAGAUAUAAAUAUCAAUUUGGUAGCAAUUAUAUGCAAUUUUAAUAUCUGCUAAAUUAAGAAUGACUUCAUUAUAGUCAUGAUUUGCCACAUGUCUUUAAAUUAACUCUAAUGCCUGGACUGGCCCUGUUCUAGUCUGUUGCGCUAUUACAAUCUGCAUUGGUGCUAGUCAGAAAAUUCCUAGCUCACAAUAGCCCAAAGGGUGCCAGGAAGGGGUGGAUUACCAGUGUUGUUCAAUAAUCCAUGGUUUAAGACUGUAUAAAUGCAUUUUAUUUUAAAUAAAAUAAAUACCUUUUAUUUAAUA